ACGUCACGGACUGGGCGGGCGCCCGUGACGUGAGCGUAGGGUCCGUCCAAAAAUGGAGAGCUCUGGGGCCCCGGGCCGCGGGUCGGGCGCGGAUCGGUGUGCCGUCCACGGGGAGGCCCUCAGUUGGAACCAGAAUCUCGUAGGAACGUCCCGGAGCUUUUUCCUCCUGUGCGUUCGAUCGUCUUGCCCCAGGCCGUUACUGCAAGGAAAGCCGCCGCCGUAGACCCUUCGAGAUUCGAAAUGGAUGACCUAACAAAAGAGCAAGUUCAGAUGCUGCGCAAGGCGUUCGACAUGUUCGAUCGCGACAAGAAGGGCUACGUGCAUACCAACAUGGUGUCGGCUAUCCUGCGUACCCUGGGACAGACCUUCGAGGAUAAGGAUCUCAAGGACCUCAUUGCUGAGAUCGACCAGGACGGUUCCGGCGAGCUGGAGUUCGACGAGUUCGUGGCCCUGGCGGCCCGCUUCUUGGUGGAGGAGGACUCCGAGGCGAUGCAAGAGGAGCUGCGGGAGGCGUUCCGUCUGUACGACAAGGAAGGCAACGGCUACAUCAACGUGUCCGAUCUGCGCGAGAUCCUGCGCGCCCUCGACGACGCGCUCACCGAGGACGAGCUGGACGAGAUGAUCGCCGAGAUCGACACCGACGGCAGCGGAACCGUCGACUUCGACG